AUGCAUCAUCGCUCGUCCUCAACACCUUCAACGGCGAACUUUUGCCUUCUCCUCACACUUCAAUCAUCGGCCUCGAACAUAUUUUUCGGCGGCUGCCUCGGUUUUCCCGGCCCGACAAUUAACACAUUUUCCUCAUUUUUUGGCUCGGCUCAAAAUGCCGAGCCGACGAAUCUCACCGAUGAUGAAAUGCGUAAGCAGCUCAAGGACAAGGUGAAUGAAGUGGAACAAUUGAAAAAACAGAUCACGAAGACUGAAGGAGAUCGCUUAAUGUGGUCCUCAAAACAACCGCAAGAUGUUUCGACACUGAUGGCCGAGAAGCAGGAGCUGCGCAAGCAGUUGGAUCGCGAGCAGACCGAGAAGCAUGAGCUGUUUAUACAGAUGAAUUCGAUGAUUGCUCAAUUGGCAGAAGCUGGAGAUCAGAAUGAAAUCACGAGGCUUAAAGCGGAAGUCACCACACUCAAACGCGAGUUGGACGCUGAGAAAAUUUCGUCGAAAGCCGAAUCGUCUCGUCUGAACAUGGAGCUGAAAAAGUUGCACGAACAGCUUGAGAAUGCCCACCGUGAAAGCGACAAAGAGAAGGAAGCGAUGGAGUAUGAGAUUGAGGGCCUUCUGAAGCAGCUCGAAAUCAAAUCGGCGUCGUUGCAAUCGAUGAUGCUUGCGAAGAAUGAGACGGGCAAAUUGGAGAAGCUCACCGAUGAGAAUGAGAGUAUGAGAAGGGAGCUCGACGAGGUCAGACGAAAAUUGACGAGCUCGACGAAUGAGCUCAUCGAGAAGCAGGCGGAGAUAACAAGGCUCAGAGACGCUAAUUCGGCAAAUGGUGUCAGUCAGGAGAAGCUGUCCGAUGUUGAAACUCGCCUUCAGAGUGUUGAGAUUCAGUUGCGCGAAGAGCGCGCAUUGAAGGAGAAGCUUAGAAGUCAAGCGGAAGAACUGAAGUCGGCGUUGUCGACGUCGGAUGAGUCGUUGUCGAGAUUGAAGACGAAAUUGUCGCAGUUCGAAGAGGACGCGACGAUUCUGAAGCAGGAGAAUGUCCAAUUGGCUGCGCAGGAUGCGGAAAUUCGGUCGAAAAUUAGCAAUUUAGACGAUGAAUUGAGUCGUGAGCAAGACAAAAAUCGCAUUUUGGAGACGGUUUUGCAAGAGAAAGACUCGAAAAUUGAUAAAAUCAAAGUCGAGCUUUUGUCUGCAGAAUCUCGUGCUCAGCAAGCCGAGCAAGACCUGAAAGCGAUGGAAUCUCGAGUUCAAGCAUCUGAAAGGAAAGAGCAGCAGCUCGAGGCGCAGCUUCGUGCUCAUGGAGACUCGAAUGAGCAGCUCGAGCUUCUACGCAAAGAGCUUGAGAAGGCCGAGGAGCGAUAUCAGCUUGCUCAGACUCGUCUCCAAAAGACUGAGGCGACCUUGAAGGAAAAAGAGCAUGAGUAUCGAGUCCGUGCUGAAUCUCUUGAGUCAGACUUGGAACACUCGAAGAAGCUGGAGGAGGUUGUCGAGAAACUGCGGAACGAGAAGCAACAGGUUGAGGAGGCCUCAAAGGCUAAACUGCUUGAACUCAAACAGCACAUUGCGGAACGUGAAAAGAAGAUCGACGAGCUUGAGGGCGAGAAGAAGAAGCUUGAAUCUAAGGCGUCGGUGGCUGAUGAGAUCAACACUCUUAUGAGCUCGUUGAACUCGGUCCGACAGGAGAACAGUCAGUAUGAGGAGGAGGUCCGAAAUCUGCAAACCGAGAUUCGUACGAUUCGCGAUGAACUGUAUCAGCAGCAGGAUGAGUGUGCCACGUGGAAAAUGCGAGCUGAAAAAGCGGAAGCUGACAUUGAGCAUCAUGUACAAAAGGUCGAGUUCCUCCAGUCGUCGCAGAAUUCGUCGAUGUCGCGACUACAAUCGGAGAUUGAGCGAUUAGAGGAGAACGCGGAGAAAUAUAAGAAUGAGCGGGAAGAAAUUCGGAGGGAAUUGACCGAUGAACUCUCGAAAGUUCGGUCGGAAUCUUCCGAACACACGAUUACUCUUGAACGAGAUCUUCGAGAAUCGAAAGAGCGCUGCGAGGGACUCCAACGUGAGCUGGAAAUGACGAAUCGGCGAAUCGUGCAGCUGCAAGAUGAGCAGUCGAGUUUCAUUGGAUCGCAGGACGAGAUAAAAUCGCAGUUGGUCAAGGAUGUUCGAGAGCAUCAGGAUAAGUAUGCGAAGGCUUCGCUAGAAUUGGAGGGUCUGAAGUCGAAGAACGCGAGUUUGACAACAGAGCUCGAGGAGGUGAAGGUGCUGACGAAGCAGUUUAAAGAAAGAGCUGAAGCUCUUGAAAAGAAAUAUGAUGAGAUUAGUGAGGAAUUGCAAAACGCCGAAGAGGAGAAUCAUCGGCUGAAAGAAGCGCAAAUUCUCGGCAGCGAUUUGUCGGCGAAAAUCGAGGAGAUUCAGGAGGAUGGUAAGAAGAAGCUCGACAAAAUGCGCGAGGAGCACAAUUUGGAGUUGGAGCAGCUCAGAGAGCAAAUGAGAAAAUCGCAUAAUGAGCAUAACUCGUUGGAAGCGGUCAUCGAGGAGCAGCAGAAGGAGCUUGUGAAGCGUCGCGAAGAAACUGACGGACUGCAGGAUGAGGUGCGAACGAAGGAGAAGCUCGUCGGCGAAUUGAGCCAAGAGAAAUCGGAGUUGUUGAAGAAGGUGGCUGAUUUCGAGGAGCAACUCGCUAACAGUGGCAAAAAAACGAAAGAAUUGGCGGAAUUGGAGGAGAAGCUCGCGGAAACGAAAAAAACGAAUGAGGCAUUGGUUGCCAAUAUACAGGAAAUGACAAAGCUGUUGGAUACUGAAGCUGAGAAGAUUAAGAAGCUUGAGGUGGAGAAGGAGCAGAUGAAGGCGCAAGUGUUGAGCAGCAAAAAUGGAGACGACGACGAGAAGGCGAGGAAUUUUUUUGUGAAAGAGCUUGUUGCUGAAAACGCGCGACUCGCUGGUGAGCUCCUAAAAGCUCACUCGACGGCGGAGAAAUCAAUGCAACAAGAAAGGGAGCUGAUUGCGAAACAAUUCGAGGAGCGAUUGAAAAAAGUGAGCGCCGAAAAAACGCAACUUGCCGCCGAACUACAACAACUUGAGACCAAAUUCGCCGAACAGAAGCGAAAUUUGGAGAUUGUCGAGAAUCGACGACGUGAAGAUAUUCGACAGAUGGAGCUCGUUCGGCAAGAUGGUGAAAAUCUGAGGAAUCAGAUUGAACAACUACAAAAUAAUACGCCGGUGGCUCCGCCGCGGUCAACUCGCACAAUUUCGAAUAUGUCGUCGAUGACGAAUUGGACACAGGUUGAUUAUAGCGAUUGCGAGGACUUGACGAAAAUGCGGACUGAAAUCGAUAGGCAAAAACGGCUCAUUGUUGUAUUGAGGAGGAAGCUGCAAAAAAUGCAACAGCAAGAUUAA